UUUCCAUAAUCCAUACAGAUUCAUACUUAUACGGAUGGCUAAUACAAAUCUCAUUCUGAAAAGGAAACGAAUCCAAACUAGAAAAAGGAAGUCCAACUAGCGUUCUACCACUCCAUAAAUAAACCACACGCAUCAUAAUUUGUCUUUCUGAAUUCUCCCACAGAAUGAUCGAUGGCCCAAAAAAUUCGCACAACUACUUUUGUCUUCAUAGCAUUGAUCAUCCCCUUAGUUUGUUUAUAUCACCAAUUAGUAUUUCCCAAACCACCAGCAUUAAUCUCUGCAGUCAAUGUCCUCCCACCUCCAUUCCCGCUACCGUCCUUUCCCCAACCCAACCCCAAUAACGCAAUCAUCCGACCCGAAGAACAAGUAGUAGAAGAGGAUGAAGAAAAACUGAGCAAUCCCAAUAACGCAAUUAUCAAAGAAGAAGAAGACAAACAGAGCAAUCGCAACGUUAUCCCUACGGUUUCGAUUCUGCUUCCGGCUUGGGAAAUCCUCGUUAUAAUCUCUCCGGGGACUCCGCUUCCGAUGGACUACGACACCGGCAAAUACACCUGCCUCUUCCCUAACAACGAUACUUCCCCGGCGAAACCUUCUGGAAUCCUACCGUUUCCUUAUCGUGCCACAUUUAAAUGCAAUUUACCGGAGAGAGUCCGCCGUCGAUUACCUUACGCACAGCCUGUUCUAACGAAGUCGCCGGAGAAUCCGCCUGAGAGGAAAACUCCUGUGCCGGAGCUGCUCCGAUGGAACUUUCUCGUAUACGACUCGCUAUCAACAGAAAACGACGUCAUAUUAUUCGUGAAGGGAUUGAACAAUCGCCAAGGCGUAAACAGAGCGCCGAACAAAUUUAGGUGCGUGUUCAGCGUCGGCGAUGAUGUCUUUAACGGCGUAAGAACGGCCGUAACGACCUCAAUACAAGAGGUGUUCCGCUGUCGACGCCCCGAGCUUAGCGGCGUUUCAUCUUCUGACGAUAAGCCAAUCAAAAUCUCGUUAGAGAUUCCGGACCAAAAUCUUGUGGUCCCCUCCGUGGCGUACUACGCUCCCCCGCGCAAGGUAACACCAGACCAGCUGAAAUCGCUACUAUGCGCGUGCACCAUGGUGUACAAUGCCGCCAAGUUUUUGAAAGAGUGGGUGGUGUAUCACUCCGAGAUCGGGAUCGAGAAAUUCGUACUUUACGACAACGGCAGCGACGACAAUUUGGAGAGAGUCGUGGCUGAGCUUGUGGAACAAGGCUACAAUGUGACCACUUUGUUUUGGCUGUGGCCUAAGACGCAAGAGGCUGGGUUCUCUCAUUGCGCGGUUAACGCCAAAGACUCGUGCACCUGGAUGGCAUACAUCGAUGUCGAUGAGUUUGUUUACUCACCGUCGUGGAUUAAUUUAUCGAAUCCCUCAGAUGAGAUGUUGAAAUCUCUCUUGCCAAAGAAAUCUUCGCAUGGAAUUGGUGGUACUGUUGGGCAAGUGAUGAUUAAUUGUUACGAGUUUGGACCGUCGAAUCAGAAAUCGCACCCGGUCAAUGGAGUGACGCAGGGGUACAAUUGUCGAAGGAAGGAAGAAAACAGACACAAGUCUAUUGUUUUGUUGGAUGCAAUCGAGGAGUCGUUGCUUAAUGUGAUACACCAUUUCCAGUUGAAGGAUGGGUACAAGGUGAAGAAAGUGGACUUGCAAGGGGCGGUGGUGAACCACUACAAGUUCCAAGCGUGGUCGGAAUUUAAGACCAAGUUUCGGAGGCGGGUGUCGGCUUACGUAGUGGAUUGGAUGCAAGCGAUGAAUCUCGAGUCGAAGGAUAGGACACCGGGAUUAGGUUAUGCGCCUGUUGAGCCCCAAGAGUGGCCGGAGAAGUUUUGUGAGGUGUACGAUAACCGGCUGAAGGAUUUGACGCGGAGAUGGUUCGGGGUUGAAUCGCAAUCUGGGUACCGCAUGGCUUGGCAAAUAUGAAGACAGGAAGGUAGACUCGAGUAUUACAGUGAUACAGUAACCGACUACCGAGUUAGCCUCUUGACUCCAUGCACGUUUUGAGGCCAAAUCUGUAGUCGAUUUCUGUAUUCGAUAGAAUACUACUAACUUAGAAUUCAAGCCCUUUGGACCAACUAAUUAAAGGAGGAAUUAACACAGUGGCAAUCGUUUGGAGCUCAUUAGGCACACAGCUAAUGAACAUAUAAGAUGGAAUUGACUUUUGUUUUAUUCCUGUUUCUAGAUUGGCAGAGGAACUUUUUCUCCCUUUUUGCGUCUACUCUUUUUUUUUUUUUAUCAUUUGUUAAGUAGGAACCAAGAGUUAUUAACAAUCGUAAUCUUAUGAAACCAAAAAAGCUUGGGUGAGUGCCAUUUUUUUAAUUAU